UCGGCGUCGCGACGCAUUUGCGCUCUUCAACGUUGUGACGUGCAACUCAAUUCACGUAUUAAAUUAAUCCGCAAAGAUUGUGCUUGUGAAGUGAUAAAACCUGUUACAUCAACGCGAAAAAAAGUGAAAAAAGUUUUUAUCAUCGAAAUAAAAAAUGAUUGCUGUUAAGUUACUGCCGCUGCUUCAAGUGCUGGUGAUUCUGUGUUCGCCAUCGCACUCAUAUCCGACUGCCUAUGGCGCGAAAAGGUAUGGCCGACUACAACGCUCUUACCAAGCGAGUCCUUACCUACGCUCCCAGAGAUAUCCAAUGAAUUACUACGAAAUGUAUCCCUAUAGCCAGACCUACCCGGAGGAGUACUACUAUGAGCCGAUGUCAUACCCGGUCUACUAUCCGCGCACCUCCAAGUAUGAGGUAUAUCAAGCCGUCCUGCCUUACUACUACGACAGGCCGUUGAUGCGUACCGGUUUCGGUUACUACGGAUAUGAAGACGCGGAUCCCAUCGUCGAUAUCGAAGAAGAAAUGAUACAUGAUGCCGAGCGCAAACAACGCGAGGAUGCGCAACCGAUUGGUCAGGAGACGUAUUUCGAGGAUGAUGCCAACUCGUCUACGGACGAGAACUACUACAAUGACGUCAACGCUGCCUUUCUGAAUAAUUUAAUCAUGUCACAGAUGUAUAAAGAUUCACUCGACAGCGAUGAUGACGUCUACGGGAAGGUCGAUGAAUAUCCACCCAAGAGUAAAUCUACAUAUUUCGAUUCCGGCGAUGAGGAUGAACUGGAACUCAAGAGUUUGGUUGAAAACAAACAGAAACAAGUCAAGCCAGACGAUCGUUGGAGUUGGUUCCAGAAAGGUUCAAAUAAAAAGUCAAACGAAUUCUUUGAUUCGGACUUUAACGAGAAGAAACGCUCUGUUGAUGGUCACCUUCAAUGGUUCACGGAUCGCGAUGAUAGAAAACCGACGGUGAAGCCUACAAUAACCCCGAGUACAACCACUACGGUUACGAAUGGUUUCACAUCGAAGAAAACUCAACGUGGACAGAAAGAAGUUGUCCUUCCGCGGCCUGCAGCUCCAGUUAAACAUUUAUUCGCUCCUGUUGUUAAUGAUGUCUACAAGAAGGACAGGCCUAGACAACCAUCAGUUUAUGACACUAUCAAACACAUGCUGGACAUGGAGAAGAGUUUAGAAAAGGCCGACAGCGUUGCAGUCAAGCCGGUGAUGCGUAAGCGCAUCAUUUCCAGCGAGGACAGCCUCACUCGUCAGCUCUCCGUACUCAAGAAGCACGAAUAAAUGAUUAACACACACACUGUUAAUUACUGACGAAGCUAUGUACGUAUAUGAUGCACACAAACAUAUUGUACACGGUAUACAUGUACUAUACGUCUAUGUAUUGAUUUUUAAGACUGAUUGAUAGAGAUUUAUUACAAAACUAGAAGCAGGCAAGGGUGAUCACAAAAGAGGAUAUCACGAACUGAUCGGUAGUAGAAAAUGUGCUGGCAUUAAUUAAAUAUUUCGUUGUUUGUUUGUCGAUCAAUUAUCGUUUGCAACAGAGGGUCUCCAGGUAUUUAAACAAUAUUAAAUGAAGAUAAAAAAACAUUGCACAGUUCUCGUCAUGGCGCUGUUCUCUAUUAGAUAGGCAACCUAAAUGCUAAACGUCAAUCAAUCUUUCCGAUUCUAUCGAAUUCGCGUUUCGUUUGGUUUGCAUCGAAAUAUGUGUGAGUGUUCUUCUCUAUGUACUGAAAUAUACAGAGUUGUCAAUAUGUUCGGUUUCUUUCGUACAAGAUUACAGACAUCGCAUCUGUGAUAUCAAAGAGAAACAAAGGACUGUGCUGUAAUAAGUAGUUCAUUGUCUAAAUUAAAACCACCAUUUUGUUUUUACUCAAAAGAAUAACAUAUAGUCACGGUGACAUUUUAAUGUUUUAUUAAAUUAAAAUCCUCUGUUUUUUUUAACAAAACAGCCGUGAUUAUUAUCGGUACAUUUAUUAAAAAUCCGAAUUGAUGUUUAUCGAUGAUUUUGGUCCUAAAGGAAAGAAUGGUAAUGGUGCUAAAUGGGAUGUACGUCAAUAUUUCGAUACAGGAAUCAAAGAAAAAACACAAUAACGAGAUUUAAUCACAGUUCAAAGAGAAUGAGCGAGUAUAAAGUACAAAAACCACUUUUAUCGAUCGUUAUUUUCUGUAUUAUUGAAACGCGGUGUGUUGACAUUUUUGGGAAAGCUUUAAAACAACCCUUCAAGCAUGCUGCUAUGUACUAACUAACCUUCCGUGUAGGAAAUAGUAUGCUUUCAUAACUCUCGGCAACUGUUCUUCCGCAUGAACUAGAACUUAGGUAAAAAUAGAUAUUUUUCUAGAUUUUGUGCAGAAAAAAAGAUCAAAAUUUCUUUACGCGUAAACUGUUCGUCCAAUUGAUACAAGAAAAAUAUGAAAACAGAGUACCUUAGAAUGACAUUAACUAACAAUAUUACUAAGGCUAUAAGUUUGCUUUUGCGCCAUUAUUUCAACGUAUUAUUCACUCAAAAAAGUGCUGCAGAACUCUUCGUGACAAUGUUGUACAUAUCCCCUUAAUUUUAUAUCGAAUGUAUAUAUAUGAACUAUAUUUUGAUAACUUAGUAAAAUACAUACUACUGCAUAUUCAAUAUCGUUGUGCAAAAUUAGAUAUAUAUACGAUAGUUGCGCUGAUAUACGAUGUUGUCUUACUAGAAUUAGCAUACGCAUCUAGAUUCAAUACUUGCUGCAUUUUCUGAUAAUAUAAAUCAUGUUUGCGUAACUUCCAAAGACUGUUAAAAUAUUGAACUUACUGGUUAUUGAUUUCUUGUUAUGUUGUUGGUGUGGCUAACUCAACUGAGGCGAACUCAAACGUCUUUUGCGUAUACAUAAAUAAGUAGAUAGCAUUCCUUAUCAAUUCGAUAAAAUAUUUAACAUUAUUGUAUAUACUAUUAUCAAUUGAUUAUUGAUUCUAACAUUACCUAACUGAAAUUAUUGUAUGAUUGAUUAUUGACUGAAUAAAUGGCAAAAUCAA